GAUUUCCGUUACAUUGUAAACAGUCACACUCUGUAAACCUUUUAAACUGUCAUAUCUUCCAUAUAUUCGCUUUUUCUGGAUUAUCGCAACAGAUACCAAGAUCUCAUUUUUCAUUGUCAGAUCAAACUGCACAUCAUGGCUACUGAAUUCCCUACCAAGCGUUGUGGUGUACUUGGAUGCACCGGUUCCGUCGGUCAAAGAUUCAUUCUCCUUCUUGCUCAACAUCCAUAUUUUAAACUCCACGCCGUAGGAGCUUCUUCGCGAUCAGCAGGAAAGAAGUACAAAGAUGCCGUCAAAUGGAAACAAGCUUUUCCUAUGACCGCCGAGAUUGGCGAUUUGGUCGUUAAAGAAUGCAAAGCAAGCGAGUUUGCGGAUUGUGACAUUGUGUUCAGUGGAUUGGAUGCUGAUGUUGCUGGUGACAUUGAGAUGGAAUUUAUGAAGGCUGAAUUGGCCGUCUUCUCCAACGCCAAAAACUACCGCCGCGAUCCCAUUGUUCCUCUCAUCGUCCCUACCGUCAACCUUCCCCAUUUCGAUCUUAUUCCCCACCAACGUCGCGCCCAUUCCUUAAAGAAGGGUUUCCUCGUCUGCAACUCCAACUGCGCAGUCAUCGGCAUAGUCAUUCCCUUCGCCGCCAUACAAAAGGCUUUCGGAGAAGUCGACCAAGUGAGCGUAGUCACCAUGCAAGCCGUUAGCGGUGCUGGUUAUCCAGGUGUGAGCAGUAUGGAUAUUCUCGACAACGUUGUUCCAUUCAUCUCCGGCGAGGAAGACAAAUUAGAGACGGAGGCACAGAAGAUUCUCGGAAGAGUCAAUCCUGAAGUCACUGGAUUCGAGGAUCAAUCAGAAUUGAAGAUUUCAGCGGCUUGCAACAGAGUCGCAGUUCUAGAUGGACACAUGGCUUGUGUGUCUCUCCGUUUCAAGAACCGCGAUGGACCUAAACCUACCGCGGAAGAGGUCAAGAAAGCUAUGAGGGAAUAUGUAAGUGAGGCGCAGACAUUGGGAUGUCCGUCAGCACCAGAGCCAGCGAUUGCCGUCAUGGAAGAACCGGAUAGACCACAACCAAGAUUGGAUCGCAAUACACAGAAUGGUUAUACGGUCAGUGUUGGAAGAGUCCGAGAGGAUGAUAGCGGAAUCUUUGAUCUCAAAUUUGUGGCCUUGAGUCAUAACACGGUUAUCGGAGCUGCUGGUUCUUCGAUAUUGAAUGCAGAAGCUGCAGUUCUUAAGGGCUAUAUCUAAGGAUUAGUUACAUACCCAGUUGUUUUAAAAGAUAAAAGUUGCAUUUACCAAUUGUAUAAGAAAGGCUCAUGCCAUUUGAAAUUCUAUUAUGUAUCUUCCCUUUGUGUGACAGAUGUCUUUUUCUAAAUUUCGAAUUAUGUAUAUAAUGACUUUGAAAGUGUCAGUUCAGUAGAGGAAAAGUGUAUAUUCUAUCAAUCGUCCAUUCAUUCGAUCUGCAAAUGGCCUGUUAAUCCCUCGGCUACGAGAAAACGAAGAACAGGGGGAGAGGCGGUGAAUCGCACAACAUGUAAUCAGACAUUUUCACGAAAUUCAAUCAAAAAGCUCAAAUCGGCA